CCAUCAAUCCCACCUUCAUUUCAUGGAAGCAAAGACACUCACAAACAUGGCCACCACCCAAACUGCACCCAACUCCAUUUGCAUCUCCAAAUACCUCUAUUCCCUCUCCCAAACACCUCAAAGGCUCAGAAAGAGAAUGUUAGCCACUUGGACCCCAGACCAAGAGCUCAACCAAGUGAGGCAAAGGUCUGGUGCUGACAUGAAGAGGAAGCUGCAGUGGUAUGAUCUGGUAGCCCUUGGUGUUGGUGGAAUGCUUGGUGUUGGAGUCUUUGUCACAACCGGUACUGCAGCCCUUGAAAAAUCUGGUCCUUCCGUCUUCAUUUCAUUUAUCAUUGCUGGAAUAUCAGCCCUUCUUUCCUCCUUGUGUUACACUGAAUUUUCAGUUCAAAUUCCAGUUGCCGGAGGUGCCUUCAGCUAUCUUAGAGUGACCUUUGGAGAGUUUGCGGGCUAUUUUGCUGGAGCAAACAUACUAAUGGAAUAUGUAUUAUCCAACGCUGCGGUAGCACGAACUUUUACAGAGUAUUUGUCUAGUGCUUUUGGAGUACAUAAUUCAACCACAGCAUGGAGAGUCCAAGUGGAUGGACUAAUAAAAGGUUACGACAUGUUGGAUUUCCCUGCCGUUGCUCUUAUUCUCCUUCUCACCCUCUGUCUAUGCCAUAGUACAAAGGAGAGCUCUAUCUUGAACCUUAUUAUGACAGUCUUUCAUGUAGUUUUCUUUGCAUUUAUAAUAAUUGCUGGCUUUCUUCAUGGGAAUUCCAAUAACAUGGUAAGCCCAGAUGGACUAACUCCCCAUGGUGUUAGAGGUCUCCUAGAUGGAGCAGCUGGUGUUUACUUCAGCUAUAUUGGCUAUGACUCGGUUUCAACAAUGGCAGAAGAGAUCCAAAAUCCUUCAAAGAGUCUUCCAGUGGGAAUUGUAGGUUCAGUUCUCAUUGUUUCUGUACUAUAUUGCCUCAUGGCCUUGUCUUUGUGUUUCAUGGUUCCUUACAACAAGAUAUCAGAAUCAGCCUCAUUUUCAAUGGCUUUCCAACAAAUUGGGUGGAAGUGGGCGGCUAAUGUUGUUGGGGCAGGCGCAUGCUUGGGAAUUAUUGCUUCUCUCCUGGUUGCCAUGUUAGGUCAAGCUAGAUACCUUUGUGUUCUUGGAAGGGCCCGGCUAGUGCCGCCAUGGUUUGCUCGGGUGCAUCCUUCAAGAGGCACCCCCUUGAAUGCCACCCUCUUCUUGGGACUCUGCACAGCCACAAUCGCACUCUUCACUGAACUAAAAAUAGUGGUGGAAAUGAUCAACCUUGGCGUACUCUUGGUGUUCUACCUUGUCGCCAACGCUCUCAUCUAUCGAAAAUAUGUGAUGAUAAGCCACAACCCCCCUUCUCAUACCUUCUUGUUCCUUUUCCUCCUAUCAUUUUGUGCUCUUGGCUUCUCCAUAUCAUGGCAGUUCCAUGAACAAUGGUGGAAUCUUUCCAUUUUCGGAGGAUCCAUGAUCAUCAUCACUGCCCUCUUCCAAUACAUGGUACCUUGUCUACGCCAAGACACGGAAUGGUCGGUGCCAUUUAUGCCAUGGCCAGCCGCAAUGUCAGUCUUCCUUAAUGUCUUCCUCAUGAGCACAUUAAAGAUGAGUGCAUUCCAAACUUUUGGUAUAUGGGCAUGUUUGAUAACUUUGUUCUAUGUGCUAUAUGGUGUUCAUUCAACUUACAAAGCAGAGGAGUCUGAGAUGGGUGUUAAUGAAGUGAAUCCAAACUCAUCAAUCCUACUGCCUAAGGUUGAUAUUCAAGUGAUUUGAAUAAAGAAUGUCCAGCCAGAAAAAAAACAAAGCAUUGAACACUUUGAGUUCUGUAAAUUUUCAACAUUUUUUUCUCUUUAAUUUCUCUUGAAGCGG